AUGGGGGAAUCAAAAAAGAAGAGCAGAUCAGUAGCAACACAGAGAGCUUGGAGUCUUGUGAGAAUGGCUCUUCUAUGGGGAAGAAAAGGUGGGAUCUUUAAGAGAUGGCACAUGUUCGAGCUCCGUAACUUGUUCUCCAAGCAUCUCAAAGCCCUAGCUCAUCAUAAUAGCAGUGUUGAUAACGGCCAUUAUCUCUCCCGUUACGGCGAGAAACAGCUCUCUUUCGACGAGACGCCGAUCUUUAACGUUAGGAUGCAUCGCCCUGCGUCCAUGAGGUUCCUCUUGCCUUGCAUUGCUCCUCCCGUUGACUUUGAUUACGACUUUAAAUUGGACGGUCAAGAUGAUACCGACGAUGUUAGAUCCUAUUCCUACGGCUAUUACGAUGAUUCUUGCAGUGAGAAAUGUGAUGGCGCGGCUAAGGGUGAUCAAGAAGAGAAAGGGGUUGAUGUUAGAGCAGAGGAGUUCAUUGCUAAUUUCUAUCAACAGAUGAAGUUGCAAAGGCAAAUCUCUUAUUUGCAAUACAAAGAACACAACGACGUCGUCUGA